UUGCAGGGCCCUGGGGAGGGCAGGGGUGAGGAUCGAUUGGAUCGUCUUGUCCUUCCCACUUAGACGCCGUGCUGUCUGAGAAGCCUGUCUCUCGCGGUGUUCCGCGGGUGGGGGUCGGGGGUAAACGUCACUGGAAUUGGAGACCCUGCGGCAGAUUUUCCUUCUCACGGCGAAGAUGAGCAAUGGGCGACACUCCAGCUAAGACUCCUUCCGCCUCUCGGGGCGGAGCGCGCGGCGCGUCCACGGAGCUUCCAGUCUGCGCUACCGGUGUGUCCUCUUGGGGACAGCUCUCUCGUGGGCUUCGCCGAAGUGGAAACCAGGCUAAAAUGGCUCUGUGUUUGUGAACUGCAGUCGCAGCCGGGAACCCCUCCCCUCCUCCUCCUGACGUAGCCCCUGACAAGCGUACAAUUCCUCCAGCGCCCCGGACCCCGCGAUUUUGUACCGAGCUUUGCCGUGGAAGUGAACGUACAGCAGAUUACAAAGAACAUUCCACAGGAUUUUCGUCGGGCCCAAGUUUUCCUCUAUUGUGGGGAGGAGCAGGAGGAACCCGCCGACCACCGCUCUGUGUUCUGGGGCGGGGAAGACUCUGGGCACUCCGGUCGUCCGGGGCUGGGGACCUUUACGGUAAUUGUUCCUGCAGGAUGAAUUAAGGGAAGACCCUUGUUCUUUAGGGAUGGAGAGCAGUUUGCCCGUCACCAACAUGCCAGACCCCUCAUCGUCUCCCUUGGAGAAGCACCCGAGCUCAUCAAAUGGCAAUGCGGAUCUUGAUUCAGAAGAGGGUUCAAGCGUGGAGGAAAUCGGCUUUAACUGGGGGGAGUACCUGGAGGAGACGGGCGCCAGUGCAGCUCCUCACACGUCCUUCAAACAUGUUGAAAUCAGCAUUCAGAGCAACUUCCAGCCUGGGAUGAAAUUGGAAGUGGCCAAUAAGAACAACCCGGACACGUAUUGGGUGGCCACUGUUAUCACUACUUGCGGGCAGCUGCUGCUUCUGCGCUACUGUGGUUACGGGGAGGACCGCAGGGCCGACUUCUGGUGUGAUGUGGUGAUAGCUGAUCUGCACCCUGUGGGGUGGUGCACUCAGAACAACAAGGCCCUGAUGCCCCCGGAUGCAAUCAAAGAAAAGUACACAGACUGGACCGAAUUUCUCAUUCGUGACUUGACUGGCUCCCGGACAGCCCCUGCCAACCUCCUGGAAGGUCCUCUGCGAGGGAAAGGCCCUAUAGACCUCAUUACAGUUGAUUCCUUAAUAGAACUUCAGGAUUCUCAGAACCCUUUUCAGUACUGGAUAGUUAGUGUGAUUGAAAAUGUUGGAGGAAGAUUACGCCUUCGCUAUGUGGGAUUGGAGGACACUGAAUCCUAUGACCAGUGGUUGUUUUACUUGGAUUACAGACUUCGACCAGUUGGUUGGUGUCAAGAGAAUAAGUACAGAAUGGACCCACCUUCAGAAAUUUAUCCUUUGAAGAUGACCUCUGAAUGGAAAUAUGCUCUGGAAAAAUCCCUUAUUGAUGCCGCAAAGUUUCCUCUUCCAAUGGAAGUUUUUAAGGAUCAUGCAGAUUUACGCAGCCAUUUCUUCACAGUUGGGAUGAAGCUAGAAACAGUGAAUAUGAGUGAGCCCUUUCAUAUCUGUCCUGCAUCAGUGACCAAGGUUUUUAAUAAUCAUUUUUUUCAAGUGACUAUUGAUGACCUAAGACCAGAACCUAGUAAACUCUCAAUGCUGUGCCAUGCGGAUUCUUUGGGGAUUUUACCAGUACAGUGGUGCCUUAAAAAUGGAGUCAAUCUCACACCUCCCAAAGGGUGCCCUGGCCAGGACUUUGACUGGGCAGACUAUCACAAGCAGCAUGGAACAGAAGAAGCCCCUCCUUUCUGCUUCAAAAACACAUCAUUUAGUCGGGGUUUCACAAAGAACAUGAAGCUGGAAGCCGUAAACCCCAGGAAUCCAAGAGAACUCUGUGUGGCCUCUGUUGUGAGGGUGAAGGGGAGGCUGAUGUGGCUUCACCUGGAAGGUCUGCAGACUCCUGCUCCAGAGUUUAUUGUUGAUGUUGAGUCCAUGGAUAUCUUCCCAGUGGGCUGGUGUGAAGCAAAUGCUUACCCUUUGACCACACCACACAAAACAGUCUCUCAAAAGAAGAGAAAGAUUGCAGUUGUGCAACCAGAAAAACAAUUGCCAUCCGCAGUGCCUGUCGAGAAAAUACCUCAUGACCUAUGUUUAUUCCCUUCCCUGGACACCACAGGUACUGUCAACGGGAAAUAUUGCUGUCCUCAGCUGUUCAUCAAUCACAGGUGUUUCUCAGGCCCUUACCUAAAUAAGGGGAGAAUUGCCGAGCUACCUCAGUCCGUGGGACCAGGCAAAUGUGUGCUGGUUCUUAAAGAGGUUCUUAGCAUGAUAAUCAAUGCAGCUUAUAAGCCUGGGAGGGUAUUGAGGGAAUUACAGCUGGUGGAAGAUCCACACUGGAACUUUCAGGAGGAAACGCUGAAGGCAAAGUACAGAGGCAAAACAUACAGGGCUGUGGCCAAGAUUGUACGAACUUCUGACCAAGUGGCAGACUUCUGCAGACGGGUUUGUGCCAAGCUGGAGUGCUGUCCAAAUUUGUUCAGUCCUGUGCUGGUUUCUGAAAACUGCCCAGAAAACUGCUCUAUUCAUACCAAAACCAAAUACACCUAUUAUUAUGGAAAGAGAAAGAAGAUCAUUAAGCCCCCAAUUGGGGAAAGCAACAUUGAAAGUGGACACUCUAAACCAGCCAGGCGUAGGAAACGGCGAAAAUCCAUUUUUGUGCAGAAGAAACGGAGGUCUUCUGCGGUGGACUUCGCGGCAGGGUCGGGGGAGGAAAGUGAAGAGGAGGACGCAGAUGCCAUGGACGAUGAUACUGGCAGCGAGGAAACCGGCUCCGAACUUCGGGAUGACCAGACAGACACCUCUUCGGCUGAGGUCCCCUCUGCCAGGCCCCGGAGGGCUGUCACCCUGAGGAGCAGCUCUGAGCCUGAGCGAAGGCUGCCUGUGGAAAGGGCGAGGCGGGGCCGGAGAGUGCAGGCUGCCCCCUGUGCCGAGGGUGGCGACAAGGGCCCUGCAGCCAGCCAGGACAAGGACUCAGGACAGGAAGUAAAGCAAGAGGAGGAGGAGAGACUCAUUCUGGAGAGCAACCCGUUAGAGUGGACGGUGACCGACGUGGUGAGGUUCAUUAAACUGACAGACUGCGCCCCCUUGGCCAAAAUAUUUCAGGAACAGGACAUCGACGGGCAGGCGCUCCUGCUGCUCACUCUUCCGACAGUGCAGGAGUGCAUGGAGCUGAAGCUGGGGCCUGCCAUCAAGUUAUGCCAUCAGAUCGAGAGAGUUAAAGUGGCUUUCUACGCCCAGUAUGCCAACUGACUCUACCCUUUUGGUGAUACAGCAUCUUGGGAAGGUUUUCGGACUGAACUUUUAUUUUUCCCAGGCACACGAGAUGCUUCAUACACAGUCACCGGAAAGCAGGAAGCAUGAAGCAUCUGCUUCCUCCACCGGCCUGUUUCACAGUCCCAUGUUUUUAAAGCACAAACCAGGACCACAGCAGUGGCUUCUGGGGAGUGUGAAUUAAAGUUCUCUGUCAGACCCUGUGGGAUAUGAAGAGCUUUUUAGUAUGUCCACAUCUCGCCUUUCUCCCAUCCCACACCAGGCAGCUUCCUUUGAACAAGGCUCUGAACCAAGGCCCAUGUUUCUUUGAAAAACACCUUAAGGUGCAGUUGAUGUUUUUUUCCAUGUGACCAAGGAGGUUGCCUGGCUGGUAGUUUUGUCCCAAUCCUUCUCAGGCACAUUUGUACAUGCUUCUUUCAUACCGAGACACAUGUGGCUCUGGCUGUGUGGCUGUCACCGCAGUUUUGAUCUUGGUGGCAACUCAUUUCUUAAACACAGCUGUAGGCGAUGCUGCAGGAUACAGUUCUAGAAAAAUGGGCUAAACCUGCAUCGCCUGUCAGAGGUGCCUUUAGGAACUACGGGGGCGAAGGGAGGUGGCCCGUCACUGCAGCGAGACAGUUGUUCGUGCGCACUGGACUAGAAAGGACUUCGAUUUGCAGGCUCUUUUAUGGAAUCUCAGACAUCUCCAAUGUUCUCAUUUAAUCCUGACCACAUGAGGGAGGGACUACUGUCAUCUCUUGGGAAAUGUUGAUAUUGUCCAUUGAAGGGAAAGUUUAAUUUCAGAUAGCAGCAGUGGGAAGAGAUUUGAGACGCGCUUUUUCCCCUCGGAUUCCCUUUGAACGCCACUCACAGUUGGUUCGGCCGUGGAACGCUCAUUCAGAGUAGGCCGCCGGCGCGGCGGGUGAGCGCUGGGCCUGGAGUCAGCCCGGUCUUUUCCUGGCGCGACAGAUGACUAACUCCGCGAUCUUGGGUGACUCAGAGUCACUCUGCACUUCCUUCCUACAAAGUGACAGAUUGGAACACUCGUGACAUGAGCAGUGUGCGCACAUUCCUGUCCCCACCCUGCUCCUGCGAAGGGAGCGCCCAGAUGGAUCAGCCAAAAUGAGGGAAAGUGGUUAAACGAAAAAAGUGUGUCACCGAAGCCUUUAACUCUGUCACUCCUGCAGCUCCCUCUGGCUUCGAGGCUCUUAGGACACUUCUUGGGUGGUGGUCGUCAACUCGGUGAAGUCAUUUGCAGGACCUGCGGCUCGGAGAACGGGCUGGGUUUCGUACCUAGCACCCCGUGUGUGCGUGCCCCUGAGUGACCCAACGUAUGUAUAUAUUCAAACCCAAAUGGACUAUUAUAUUCUGUUACCGUGGUGGCCCAAAUACCUUCUUAAAGUUACGCAAAGAAACCAGACCUUCAGAUUGUUUAGGAGCGAACACGAAGAGCAGAGACUGUGCACCGGUCUGUUACUUUUGUCCUGUAAGUAUCUUGAUCUUUUCACUGUGAUCAGUCUCAACAAUCCCAGUAAUACUGUGUCAGGUGGGGCUUAUUAGCUUAUCAUGCUUUUGCUGCAUUUCAAGGCAGGAAUGUCAGAUUUGGAAAAAAAUUACUAAUGCUAAUCCAUACUAACAUUCUGUCACUGGUCCAGAUAAUAAUGGAAAACAAAUACUUUGUAGUCGAGACAUUUUUGUCUCCCUGUAGCUGAUUUCUUCAGUCCAGUUUUAAACAUUUGGCAAAUGCAUUUGCCUGGAGACCCCUGACGGAAGGGUCUCUGUCCUAAGCUGUGCUGGUGGACACUGUCAGAAGGAAGGAAAUAUCUGUGCAAUUCAUGCUUGGCUCGCAGUCCAUUCUCUCUUCUAAGUGAAAGUUCUGACCCCUCUGUUUGGCACCCCUGCCUUCCCAGCCAUGUGCUUUUGGCCUUAAAUGCUUGGUCUUGUGCAGUUAAAUUCCGUCCAAAAGUUGGAAAGGGUAUUCGUUUCAAGAUCUUGGCAUUCUCCCUGUGCUGAUUCAUUUACGGUCCUUCACUGUGGCCUUUUGAAACUCAGCUCUUUCUGCUGCAUUCAAAACGGGAAUGAAGGCAUGUGGCAGAUACAACACAACAUCGUGUUUUCAGAAUGAAUGUCACUUUCUCGUGCCCUUUCAAAGAAUAGCAUGGAGGAAGAGAUGCUACACUGAGAUAGAUAUUCUGGGGCAGGGGGUUCUCCGGAGCCUCCCAGAGGAGCAAGAAGGCCCCCUGCCCUGCAGCCCAGACAAGGCCUGGGCACCGAUACUGGUGAAGCUUCCUGCUCCCCUUGGCCCAGAGGCCUGGGACACGCCUCCUCCUCCGCCUCUCUUUGUGCUUGCGCUGUUUGCCUGAGGAGGUGGCUGCCAUCAGAAGCAGAAGGUGGCCAGCUCUGGGGGGUCACCAUGAAGGCUGUCUCCUGCCAUCUCCUGGCCAUUCUGAGAGCCAAGUUAUGUUUUAGGGCCAAGAAGAUACUCUUCCUCUGAGCAUUGCCGACAUCCUCCCAAACUUGGGUUCUUCGGGAAUUUCCACAAUGGUGGGUACAACUUCACACCAGGAGCAACCAGGCUACAGAAUUGUAAGGUGGUGUUCAUUUCUCUGCAGGAGUCAGCUCUCACCAGUUUCUGUGUUAGAACUAGGGCUGAUCUCCCAGGAACAUUUUAUUUUGUUGUUACUGUGGCUCUUAAGGCAGGAGAUACUGAUUUUUGUACCUGUAACCACCUCAUCCCCUAAACCACCACAGUCCCCAAGUCAAGUGUUUCUUGGUAAAAAUACUCCUGCAGGCAAUGCCCCUGCCGUCCCCUCUCCACACACUGUGGUCUCUCUGGCUCCCUGAUAAUACUCAGGGACCGAAGUCCUGUCCUCUCCGUUCCGGAUCCUGUACACGCCACGCUCCCCAUUGUCUCCUGGGACGGCCACACAGGGUGCUUUUCCUCUCCUGGCCGGGCAGGCACCGUACAGUCAGGACUUGAAAGUGUGUAUAACUUGAAAAGUAGAAAUGCCUCCUCAUCUUCAAUAAUAAAAGUCCAUCAGUUGAUCCCGCUCAGAAACUAAUGGAGCUUGUUUCCGUCCCCGACUUCUUGACUUCAUUUGCACUGUGUUGGGAAAGGACUCCACAAAAAUGGAAGCCUAAGAAACUAAACAGGGCAGAGUACAACUGGCAUGACAGAACUUCUGUGCUUUUCAAAAAAGAGAAAGAAAUAAGACAAAGACCAGUUUCCUGUACCGUGGAGUUAGGGAGCGUGGAGAACUCAUUCCUUACUUUUAAAGUCGGCUCAUCUGAUCCGAGUCUGACUUGCACACAGUGUUCGAGCUGCACAUCUGUGGUCUCCUUCACCCUAUCCGAUCAUAUCUGAAAGAUGAUUUCCUGGGUUUGCUUUGAUUUGUUCCUGGGUAAAUUAAAAUGACUCAAAACUAACACUGCCACCCCCGCCCCUUACUGCGCUUUCUGCCAGGUUGACUUCGGUCAGACUUCCAAGACUGGUCUCAGUUUCCUAACUCAUCUCGUGGAACUUUGAGUGUUGCACCAGGCAGGCUCUGAGAUUUGCCUUUUACCUUUAGCACCAGUCGCCUUUGCUAAGAGCAUUCCUCCCUUCGUCGUGGGCGCACUAUUGGAUUUCAUACUUCUUUUGUAGAACACCCAUUCACAGGCAUUUCUGUAUAUAGAACUAUGAAAACGGUCGUGCUGUAAUCUCUCGUGGUCUGAGCAUCACUGUUGCUUUUGGUUAAGGUUGUGAAUAUAGGCUCCAAGUGCCCUGUUCUGUCUUUAGAAAGCUGUGGUUGCGUGUGCAGUUAUUUGAAGGGAAAAACUGUAAAUUACGGUAUUGGUCAUUUUUAAGAAUGAACUUGUUGGAGAGUGAACAUUCUGCCCAUGUUGCUUUGGUGCAAUAACUAAAUAGCAAUUAUUACAGUCCAAUGAUUCUUUUAUUUAGUCCCUGUUCUUUUCUGCUCAAGGGAUUUCUAGAAAUCCCUGUACUCCCUUUAACUCGGUCUAAUUUUUAAGUUGAUUGAUUCUCAUAGCUUUUAUCACUAGAGUUGGUUUACCAGUAUCCCAAACAUGAUACCAUAAAAUCGAGUUGGGCUGUUUUGCCCCAGUUCGUUGACCUAAACAUUGUAAUUGCUGACACCUGGUGCUGCCUUGGCUUUCGGUUGAUAAACAACUCGACCAGUGUCCUGAGCUGCAGACUCCCCAUCUCACUGCCUUUGUUUCAAAUGGCCAGGGUUUGGUACCAGUGAAUGUGUUGGUCUUGUCACAUAACCAAGCAGAGUGGUGCUUCAGACGGGGAGAAGGAGGCAUUAAAGAAAAAGUAAAGUUUGGGAACAAACUGAAAGUCACCUUAUGAAGGGAAAUUGGAGGCACAUUUUUUAAUGACAGGAAAAAUAAUCAUCUCAUCUGUUCAUAAUGAGAGCUAGCAUGAUAUCUGGAAGUGUAAACUGUCCCUACUUGUGAAUGUCAAAAGCCCUUUUACUGUUUUGCAUUCCAAUUUGAAUAGUUUGUAUUGAAAUUUGAUUCAUAGAUCUUGUGUAUGUUUUGGUGUAUAAAAGGGAAAAUUUGGGGGUGUUACUUUUGAGCUGCGCGGGACUGAGGGCAUGUCAUUUGUUUCUUGUAAGACUGUCUUCUGUACAUAUGUUUUCAUGUAAAUAAAUGAAAAUCUAUAUCAGAGUUAUAUUUUAAUUUUUAAUCUAAAUGAAAAAUCCCUUUUUACUUGAAAAAUUGUAAGCCACAUUGUUAAUAAAGUAAAAAUAAAUUCUA